AAGAAACAACAUAGGCAACUUCACCUCUACGAUGUCCUCUAUCACGCAACUUCUACGCAAGACUCAAUGUUCCCCCCUUUGGCUUUUGUUCACAGGUUGGAUAGAAAUGUGAAAUUCCUAAGCUAAAUUCUAAACCAAAUUACUCUUUCAAGUAGUUUUAAUGGAAAUCGCUAGUAUUUCUAAGCCACCCACCAACUGGUUCUCCAACAAGGGUUUAAGGUUAAGCCUUCCUCGCCUUCGUUCAAGAUCCAAAUCCUCAAGCUCCUUGCUCCCACCAUCAGUGGCUGCCACUGCACCAGCUUUACAUAAUAACACUAAAGAAGAAGCCCUCCGAGCGGUCUUUCGUCAGUUUGAUACUGAUGGAGAUGGUAAGAUCCCAAGCGAAGAAUUCAUCUCUUACUUUGCUUCCAUAGGCGACAACAUGUCAAAAGAGGAAGCUCAAAGGGUUAUCCUAGAUUUCGACAACGAUGGUGAUAACUUGUUGGAAUUCAAGGAGUUUGUGAAGUUGAUGGAGGGAGGCAAUGAAGGCGAUGAUAUCAAAAGAGCGUUCGAGACGUACGAAGUUGACAAAGGUAGUGGGUCAAUUACGCCAGUGGGAUUGCAGCAGAUGCUUAAUCGUUUAGGGGAUAUGAAAUCGUAUGAGGACUGCGUUGCUAUGAUUCGAGUGUUUGAUCUUGAUGGCAAUGGAGUGCUUGACUUCCAUGAAUUUCAACAAAUGAUAAAAGAAAUCUUAGUAGGUGGAGUGGUAAGAAGUCCGUAAGUAAGGUAUGUGGAUAAAGAAAAUAAUGAUGAAGAGUUUUUUCGUUAUUUAAGAUUUUGAUUUAGCUCAACUUUGAAUUUAGUCGUAAUUCAAUGUAUCUUUUUGAGAUUUUAUGAAUGAUUUUUAUCAAACAAA